UACUUUGUGAUUGCUGCCCCACCCACUCUUUGACUGGAAAGAGAGCAAGUGUGUGAAUUUGUUUGUGCCGUUUCUUAGGUUCUCUUCUCCCAAAUCCUGGGGGACGAUCAUCGUUGCAACAUGGUUUGGCUUUUGAUUCUCUGGGUUGUCCAAGGUUCUACUGCCUCGAUGGGGCCACGUCGCAGACAAAAUGAUUGGUAUAAAACACCUGAAACCAGAGAAGAGGACUUACAGUUCGACCUUGCUAUCAUGGAGGGAGACAUUCUGGUUUCGGAAGACCGAUUAGCUGUGAAGUCACUUUGGCCGGAGAAUGAAGGCGUCACUUCUAUCCCCUACAAGAUCAACGGUGAUCUGGUGGACAGAAAGGAGACUAUGCUAGCAGCGUUCAAGAUGAUUUCAGACCAGACGUGUAUCCUCUUCCACGAAUACACCAAUGAGAUUAACUACAUAGAGUUAAUCCCUGGGACAGGCUGUGCGUCGUAUGUAGGUUUUCAGGGCGGGGCCCAGCCUCUGUACUUCGGUAGUGCCUGUAAUGUGGGGAACCUGUGUCAUGAGCUGAUGCAUGCCCUGGGCCUGCACCACGAGCACACACGGCCAGACCGUGACCAAUACAUCACCAUACAGUGGGACAACGUGGUCUCGGGAAAAGAAGAUAACUUUAAGGUGAAGGAAGGAGACACUCAGGAUCUGCCCUAUGACUACGACUCCAUAAUGCACUACGGAACUUAUUACUUCUCAUCAAACCGGAACCCCACUAUUGACUCCAAGAAGAGUGGAGUCCAGAUUGGACAGAGAAAUCACCUGAGCCCCCUGGACAUAGCACGCCUUAACAAACUCUAUCAAUGUGAAUAACAAUGCACAGUUUAGCAUUUAUUACACCAUCGAAGAAGAUUCCAACACCACUGCUGCCGACUGAUUCCAACACACAUGGCACUGACAUCCUAACUUCUCUUCACAACAAUGAAUAAGUUGGACAAGUCCCUUAAAGCUUUCUGAUGUAUUAUACGUGUGGCUGGCUGCAGGCAGUGGUUUUAUUUCUCCUGUGUACUCUUGCUGCCUUGAAUUAGGCCUAUACCACUGCACUUGUCUUGGAAAUAAAUAAAAUGACCUAGACUGAAAAGAA